UCUUUUUGUUUUUUUUCAGGCACUGCCGGUCUAGCAAUUUACGCGCUGUAGCCUUUAGUGGUGUACUAAAAAGAAAAGGAGAGGCCUCUCUUCUUGUGACGGAUAAAAUAAAUCGAGAAUGUCAGAGAAUGAUGUGGAGAAGAAAGUAGCGGAUAGAUAUCUAAAGCGAGAGAUUCUUGGUGAAGGUACUUAUGGUGUUGUCUACAAAGCCAUUGACACCAAGACUGGGAAGACUGUUGCAAUCAAGAAAAUUCGGCUCGGAAGACAAAAGGAAGGAGUGAAUUUUACAGCACUUAGAGAGAUUAAACUUCUUAAAGAGCUUAAAGACCCGAAUAUAAUCGAGUUGAUCCAUGCCUUCCCUCACAAAGGGAACUUGCAUCUUGUGUUUGAGUUCAUGGAGACUGAUCUUGAAGCGGUGAUUCGCGAUCCCAAUAUAUUUCUUUCGCCAGGGGAUAUAAAAUCAUACUUUCAGAUGACGUUGAAAGGACUAGCUGUUUGCCAUAAGAAAUGGGUUUUGCAUAGGGAUAUGAAGCCAAAUAACUUGUUGAUAGGAUCUAAUGGGCAGCUCAAGCUUGCAGAUUUUGGUUUAGCACGUAUUUUUGGAAGUCCUGGUCGCAAGUUCACACACCAAGUCUUUGCUCGAUGGUAUAGAGCACCUGAACUUUUGUUUGGUGCCAAACAAUAUGGUGCUAGUGUUGAUGUAUGGGCUGCAGGUUGUAUAUUGGCAGAGCUACUUAAUCGCAGACCAUUCCUACAGGGGGAUAGCGAUAUCGAUCAACUAGGAAAGAUCUUUCAGAAGUUGGGGACUCCAACUCCUUUGCAGUGGCCUGAUUUGGAAUGGCUUCCUGAUUUUGUAGAAUAUUCAUCUCAGAUUAUACAACCUUGGCGAAAACUGUGUCCAACGGCUAGUGACGAUGCUUUAGAUCUGUUAUCUAAGAUGUUUACAUAUGAUCCAAGAGCUAGAAUUUCAGUGCAACAGGCAUUGGAACACAGGUAUUUCACCUCCAUACCUCUGCCCACAGAUCCAGCUAAGCUCCCUAGACCAGCUCCCAAGAGAGAAUCACACAAUCCUAGGACUUCAGAUGUACAUGAUGGUCCUGUUGUCUUGUCACCAAAAAGGAAGGCAAGAAGAGUGAUGUCAGAUCGUGAAGGGUUUGCUGGAAAUUCAUUCCAAGUUGAUAAGGUUGAUGAAUGUGGCGGUGAGAUUAGACAGGCAGCUGGGGAUAACACGGGCAGGAAUGAACCGGUGCUGAUGUCAGUAGAUUUUUCUGUCUUUGGAUCAAAACCAAUGAGCAGACCUACGAUUAACAGUGCUGACAGAUCUCAUCUAAAGAGGAAACUGGAUCUUGAGUUCCAGCAUCCUGAAUAAGAAUCAUUUGUGUUAAUCUUACUGGAUUUGGGAAUUUCUGUGAGGAUGGGUUAUUUCUGGUCCUGCAUUUAUGACGUAUGCUGUGACUUUCUUGAGUUCGUUGUAAUUAUGUGGCGGCAUCUCCCUUUCUCAUGUUGGUGUGCCAGAGCCUCCAAUUGGCUAUUUUCUGCCUAGAGAUCACAAGGGAGCAUCACACUACUAAUCAUUGCUUUUCUUCCCCACGUGUUUGAGGUUGUGGCUGGUAAGUCAUAAAUAGUUGUCAAACAAAAAGAGAGAGAGAGAUAUGGCUCCUUAGUUUUUUCGGAGAAUCCACACUAGUCUAUGAUUGGCCAAAUUUUGAAGUCCGAACAAAUUUUUAACUAUAUUCUAUACUGGAGAGAAGUUGGACAAUUGCUCACGGUAAUUAUUUUCCAAUAUACAUCGUGUUUAUUGAUGAGUGUACUUGGUUUCUCUUGGUAAGCUAAAUAAGAAAAUAUUACAAGGCA